UUAACAUAACUAUGAGCACUUCGUGUUCAAGACGCAGACGUGAACGGACUGAGCAGCGAACCGGACGUUUUUAUUUAAUACCGACACUCCAUGUGUACAUGUGACAUAAAGCAAAAAAAAACCGAAAUGCCAGGAUCACCGGUCUUCUUUGUUACGCUACUCUUCGUCGGGACGAUGUGCGCACCCCAAGUGAAUUUGAGAAACCCUAACCCCGUUUUGAGCACAAUAAACAUGUCAUACGAAGAUCUGGAUUAUAUCGUGAAAUUCAGAAGCGGACAAGUUCACGCAAAGCCGAGGACCUUAUCGCCGUGCGCCAGAGCGAUAUUAGGCUGUUGUAAUGGUAAAAUAAUGAACAGCAAUUGCUCAGAAUCACUCAAAUGUGGCGCUUUUUUCUUCGAUGUAAACCCCUGCGAGGAUCGCUUUGUAGAAGACGCGUUGAAAGCCGCCAAAGCUUUUUAUGAGCAAUCCAACAAACUUCCGAGGUAAAAGGAAAUCAGAGCUCGAUGUAAUAUUGGGAGACUGCUCAAGUUUGUCAAUCCAAAUAUUUGGAGAAUAUUUUGAGUUUAUUGAGUCAAGAGUGAUUAAAUUAUUUUCAAUAGCUUAGUGUAUUUGUAAACUUCAUAACGAUUUUAAAAGACUAGCAUUUAAAAUGCUUAAAUAAAUGUAAAUUUUUUUUAUUUAUUGCUUAGAUGGGUGGCGGAGCUCACAGCCUACCUGG